CUGUAAUGAUAACACAUAGUUACUCCCCUUUGAUAAUUGAUCGUCAUUGACCGUUCAUAAAGAAAUAAUCGUUUUACAAUUAUUUCAAUAGAAUAUCAGGAAGGAAAUUCAAACGGACAAGAAAUGCAGUAUAGACUCACUUUGUAAGAAAUUUAUUAUCUCAUAGAAGUGAUGUUGAAAGAAAUAAGAUGCUCAGUCGAUGUAAAAUGACAAAUAGAUGUGCUGUUUGUGAUGAAACAUUUUCUCAUUGAAGUUCUCUGAACAAACAUAUAAAUAAAGAUACAUACCAUCAAGAAGAAUCAUUGAUGUAAAAUGAGUAAUGAAGCAUUUUCUCAACAAAGUUUUUUGAUCACACAUAUAACAAUACACACUGGCGACAAGAUACACAGAUGUUAUGUGUGUGAUAAAACAUAUUCGUAUCGAAGUUCUUUGAAUGCCCAUAUGAGAAUUCACACUGGUGAGAAGAACCAGCAAUGUGAAGUAUGUGAUAAAAUAUUUUCUACACGACAUGAUCUUAUCAGGCAUAUGACAAUUCACUCUGGCGAGAAGAAUCAUAUAUGUGAAGUGUGUAAUAAAGCGUUUUCUACACGAAGUAAUCUUAUCAGUCAUAUGAGAAUACACACUGGCGCGAAGAAACAUAAAUGUGAAUUGUGUGAUAAAGCAUUUUCUACACGAAGUAAUCUUAUUAGGCAUAUGAGAAUACAUACUGGCGAGAAGAAAUAUAAAUGUGAAGUGUGUGAUAAAGCAUUUUCUACACGAAGUGAUCUUAUCAGUCAUAUGAGAAUACACACUGGCGCGAAGAAACAUAAAUGUGAAUUGUGUGAUAAAGCAUUUUCUACACGAAGUAAUCUUAUCAGGCAUAUGAGAAUACAUACUGGCGAAGAGAUAUAUAAAUGUGAAGUGUGUGAUAAAGCAUUUUCUACACGAAGUAAUCUUAUCAGGCAUAUGAGAAUACAUACUGGCGAAGAGAUAUAUAAAUGUGAAGUGUGUGAUAAAGCAUUUUCUACAGGAAGUUAUCUUAUCAGGCAUAUGAGAAUACAUACUGGCGAGAAGAAAUAUAAAUGUGAAGUGUGUGAUGAAACAUUUUCUGAUCAAAGUAAUCUUAUCAGUCAUAUGAGAACACACACCCACGAGAAGAAACAUAAAUGUGAAGUGUGUGAUAAAGCAUUUUCUACACAAAGUGAUCUGAUCAGGCAUAUGAGAAUCCAUACUGGCGAGAAGAAUUAUAAAUGUGAAGUGUGUGAUAAAUCAUUCUCUGAUCGAAGUAAUCUUAUCAGGCAUAUGAGAAUCCAUACUGGCGAGAAGAAACAUAAAUGUGAAGUGUGUGAUAAAGCAUUUUCUACACAAAGUAAUCUUAUCAGACAUAUGACAAUACAUACUGGUGAGAAGAAACAUAAAUGUGAAGUGUGUGAUAAAGCAUUUUCUACACAAAGUAAUCUUAUCAGGCAUAUGACAAUACAUACUGGUGAGAAGAAUCAUUGAUGCAAAUUGUGUGAUAAAACGUUUUCUAGAAAAAUACAUACCAGCGAAAAGAAUCAUUGUUAUAUAUGUGUGAUAAAGCAUUUCUCAACAAGUUAUUUGAUCAUGCAUAUGACAAUGCACACUGGCCACAAGAAACAUAGAUGUGACAUGUGUGAUAAAACAUAUUCGCACCGUAGCUGUUUGAAUGCACACAUAAGGAUACACAUCGGUGAGAAGACUCAUCAAUGUGAAGUAUGUGAUAAAACAUUUUCUAAAGGAAGUGAACUUAUCAGACAUAUGACAAUACACACUGGCAAGAAGAAUCAUAAAUGUGUAGUGUGUUAUAAAUCGUUUUUCGAAGGAAAGGAUCUUACUAAGCAUAUGACAAUACACACUGGUGAGAAGAAACAUAAAUGUGAAGUUUGUGAUGAAGCAUUUUCUGUAAGAGGUAAUCUUACCACGCAUAUGACAAUACACACUGGUGAGAAGAAUCAUAGAUGUGAAGUAUGUGAUAAAACAUUUUCUUACCGAAAAUCACUGAUGACACACAUGACAGUUCACACUGGCGAGAAGAAACAUCAAUGUGACAUGUGUGAUGUAAAAGGUAAUCUUACUGCGCAUAUGAAAAUACACACUGGUGAGAAGAAUCAUAAAUGUGAAGUGUGUUUUAAGGCAUUUUCUAAACGAUGUACUCUUAUCAGACAUAUGACAAUACACACUGGCAAGAAGAAUCAUAGAUGUGACAUAUGUGAUAAAGCAUUUUCUCAACGAAAUACUUUGAUCAGGCAUAUGAAAAUACACCAUGGCGAAAAAAAUCACAGAUGUGAAAUGUGUGAUGAAGCAUUUUCUCUACGAAGUUAUUUGAACAAGCAUAUGAAAAUACACACUGGCAAGAAGAAUCAUAAAUGUAAACUGUGUGAUAAAGCAUUUUCUCAACGAAGUAAUUUGAUCAAUCAUAUGACAAUACAUACUGGCGAGAAGAAUCAUAUAUGUGAAAUAUGUGAUAAAACAUUUUCUUACCGAAAAUCACUGAUGACACACAUGACAGUUCACACUGGCGAGAAGAAACAUCAAUGUGAAGUGUGUGAUAAAGCAUUUUCUGUAAAAUUUAAUCUUACUGCGCAUAUGAAAAUACACACUGGUGAGAAGAAUCAUAAAUGUGAAGUGUGUUUGAAGGCAUUUUCUAAGCGAUGUACUCUUAUCAGACAUAUGACAAUACACACUGGCGAGAAGAAUCAUAAAUGUGAAGUAUGUGAUAAAACAUUUUCUUUACGAAACUCACUGAUGACACACAUGACAAUUCACACUGGCGAGAAGAAACAUCAAUGUGAAGUGUGCGGUAAAGUGUUUUCUGCACAAAGUACUCUUAUCAAACAUAUUACAAUACACACUGGCGAGAAGAAAUGUAAAGUGUGUGAUGAAUCGUUUUUUGAAGGAAAGGAUCUUACCAGGCAUAUGACAAUACACACUGGUGAAAAGAAACAUAAAUGUGAAGUGUGUGAUAAAGCAUUUUCUGCAAGAGGUAAUCUUAAGGUGCAUAUGAAAAUACACACUGGUGAGAAAAAUCAUAAAUGUGAAGUGUGUUAUAAAGCAUUUUCUAAACGAUGUACUCUUAUCAGACAUAUGACAAUACACACUGGUGAGAAGAAUCAUAGAUGUGAAGUAUGUGAUAAAACAUUUUCUAUACGAAACUCACUGAUGACACACAUGACAAUACACACUGACCAGAAGAAACAUCAAUGUGAAAUGUGCGGUAAAGUGUUUUCUGCACGAAGUACUCUUAUCACACAUAUUACAAUACACACCGGUGAGAAGAAACAUAAAUGUAAAGUCUGUGAUAAAGCAUUUUCCCAAAGUAGUAAUUUGAUCAAGCAUAUGAAAAUACACACUUGAUAUUAAAAACCACACUUGUGAGCAGAAUCAUAAAUGUGAAGUGUGAAAUAUUUAGCAAUUUUGUCAACCAAGUUCACUGAAGGCACAUGUGUUCAUACACACUGGUGAAAAGAAAUAAAUAAUGAAGUCUGUGUUGAUUUAUUAUCCCCGGCCGAUGGAAUAGGGAGUGGGAUAUAGUUUUGGCGUUGUCCGUCCGUCUUUCCGUCCGUCUUUCUGUCCGUCCGUCCAUCCGUCCGUCCGAAUUUCGUUUCCGGAGUAGUUCUCUGCAACUAAUGGCUGGAAUCAACGAAACUUUAUGGGAAUGUUGAUCAGCAUGUGAAGUUGUGCACCUGGGUAUUUUCGUCUGGAUAUUUUUUAGUAUUUUUAGAGUUACUGCCCUUGACUCAGUAAAAUUUUGUCCGAAUUUCGUUUCCGGAGUAGUUCUCUGCAACUAAUGGUUGGAAUUCAACGAAACUUUAUGGGAAUGUUGAUAAGCAUGUGAAGUUGUGCACCUGGGUAUUUUCGUCUGGAUAUUUUUAGUAUUUUAAGAGUUAUUGCCCUUGACUUAGUAAAAUUUUGUAAUUUUCAACUUGUGUCGCAUGUAACUCAAAAAGUGUUUGACCUAGAGUCAUGAAACUUUACAGGAAUGUUGAUCAGUAUGUGUAGUUGUGCACCUGGGUAUUUUCGUCUGGAUAUUUUUAGCAUUUUUAGAGUUAUUGCCCUUGACUUAGUAAAAUUUUGUAAUUUUCAACUUGUGUCGCAUGUAACUCGAAAAGUAUUUGACCUAGAGUCAUGAUACUUUACAGGAAUGUUGAUCAGCAUGUGUAGUUGUGCACCUGGGUAUUUUCGUCUGGAUUUAUUUUGUAUUUUUAGAGUUAUUGCCCUUGACUUAGAAAAUGUUUGCAAUUUUCAACAUGUGUCGCAUGUAACUCAAAAAGGAUUUGACAUAGGGUCAUUAAACCUUAUUGGAAAGUUGCUCAGCAUAUUUAGUUUGUUCCUGGGGUUCGCUUGUGGAUUUAUCCAGUAUUUGUAGAGUUAUUUCCCUUGACUUAGUAAAAACUGUUUCAUUAUGUUGUUAUUUGAUCCUUGAGUGCUUGAGUUAGAAUCGACCAACUUUAGAGGAAUAAUGAUCAACAUCACUAAAUUACAGGAAUAAUGAUUCACCUCACUGUGAUGCUAUGAACCUGGGACUUUGCAUGUGGAUUUUUUUCAGUUUUGUUAGAGUUAUUGCCCUUGAAUUACAGUAGUAUAAAUUUGCAAUUUUCAACUUGGGGUUUGCUUGGGGAUUUAUUCAGUAUUUGUAAAGUUCUUGCCCUUUACUUAGUAAAAAGAUUUUUAGUUUUCAAAAAAUAUUUGACCUAGAGUCAUAAGAUUGACAGAACAGUGGCGCGGUGGGGGCACCCGUGUCCUAUGGACAGAUUUCUAGUUUUUAUUAAAGAAGAAUUAAAAUGAUUUGUUACAAUAACAAUUUAAAAAUAUUUGAAAAUUGUGAGAUCCCUUCUUGAUGCCUUGAAAAUGGCAAUGAAGUCUGGAGAUUAAGAUGUUUUUUACAUCUAUGUGAGCUAUUGUGAUCCCCCACCGUCCGUCGUCGUGCGUCGUCAGCAAUUUCUUUAAACAACAUCUCCUCAGAAACAAAUGACUGCACAGCAACCAAACUUUACAGGAAUGAUCCUAGGGUGGUCCCCUGCCAAAGUUGAUCAAAUGGUUCCGGUCUGUUGCAUAAGUAGGUCACCGGGCCAGAAAAGGAGUUUAAAAAAUGCAAAAUUAAAAAAUCUUGUCUGAAAGUACAAGGCCUAGAGCUUUGAUAUUUGGUAUAUGAUAUAACCUAUAGGUCCUCUACCAAAAUUGUUCAAAUUUUAGCGCUUGGGUCAAAAUUGGCCCCACUCCAGGGGGUCAUAGAUUUUCCUUAUAUGUAUAUAGUGAAAACUUAAAAAUUCUUCUUGGCUUCAAGUUCAAAGAAUAUUACAGUUUAUGCCAUGAUUAAUAUAUAAAUAAAGCCUUAUGUCUUCAGUUGUUGUGUAAAUAAUAACCAGUACUCGGCGGGGGAUAUAAAUUCAACGAAUUUGCUUGUUUCCUCAUAAUGUCUUAUAUAUUGCAAAACAUGUUGGCGAGAAGAAACACAAAUGUUGAAUAAUUAUAAAGCAUUUUCUACAUGACAUAUGUACAUGUAGUGUAAUCACACAUCAUAAUGGCAAAAUAUGCUUGUAAGAGAAAUCACAAGUAAAAUGGUUUCCUGCGGGGAACAUUUUUAAUGAUAUAAAGAUAUUUAACUAUUUUCAACAUUGUUGAGGUGGGGGGGGGGGAGAAUAAAUAAAUAAACGUUUGUAUCAGGAAUAUAGUUGACAAUAAUCGAUCAAUACAGAAGAAGGUCUUCGGAAACUGGUGACCGAAUGCCGAACAUAAAAUGGAGUAUCUGCCAAAAUAUUACAAUAUUUCAGUAAUUUAUCAAGUGAAAUGUUGAAAAUUAGCUGUACAAAAACAUACUUGCCAAAUAUAUAUAUAUCGAUCUAGCUAAUUGCACAUGUGGAAAUGUACAAUUAAAAAAUGAAUUGUAGUAACGUUAAUAUUAUUAUAUGCUAUUUCAUGUAUAUAAAUUAUGUAAAGAACCUUUUUA